AUGGAUGAUGGGUUCGAAGUCAUAGUCAAGAUCCCCUACCAUCUCACAGUACCAAAGCACUUCACAACGGAGAGUGAAGUAGCCACGCUCGAUUUCCUGCAAUCGAAAGGGAUUCCCAUUCCCCGCGUCUAUGCCUGGUCGUCCAAAAGUGAUAAUGCCGUCGGUACGGAGUAUAUUAUUAUGGAGAAAGCUCCCGGGCAGCCGCUUGAAGACCGAGUACGCCUUGUUACGAGCUACAUCGAGUUAGAGAUAAAGCUCUUUUCCCUACGCAUCGAUGCAUUUGGCAGUCUGUACUACAAGGAAACUCUGCCGCCGCACCUGCAAGCAGACAUCUACGCUGCUGAUACGCCGGACGAAUCGGGCGACGCAAAGCGCUUCUGCGUUGGUCCUGCUGCCGACUACAUGUUUUGGCGUGGGAAACGUGAUGGGCUUGAGUUGGAUCGGGGUCCCUGGCGAGAUCCGCAUGCCUACCUCCGCGCAAUAGGCACAAAAGAGCUGGAAUUGACGCGCCGUUUCGGGAAGCCUCUAGAGAAUGAGUUUCCGCAUGGUGAUAUGCUGGAGGGAAAGAUCGCCCCGGAGGCAUACAUUGAGCUUUUCGACAAAUAUCUCGCUCUAAGCUCUUAUCUCCUGCCGAAAAGCAGGGACAAUUUGUUGAAUCGGCCAACAUUGCGGCAUCCUGAUCUUAACCCAACGAAUAUAUUCGUAUCAGAUGAGUGCGAAGUAUCAUGUAUAAUCGACUGGCAGCACACCACCGUCCUCCCCUUUCUCCUCGCUGCUGGAAACCCCCCAAUCUUCGAAAAUCCGGAUCCCACACCCCCAAAAGACUACGUAGCACCGACGCUCCCAGAGAACUAUGCGUCAUUAAACCCCGACGAGAAAGAAUACGCUGACGAACUACAUCGCCGCAGGAUGCUAUUUUAUCUCUACAUGAUCUUCAAUGGUAAGGAUAACAAUGACCACUUCUCUGCGAUGCGCUCACCACUCUUGGCACAGCGCCAGCACCUCAUAGACCGCGCGGGAAUGCAGUGGACUGGCAAUACUGUCACCCUGCAAGGGGCUCUAAUGCGCGUCGUCGACGGGUGGGGUUUACUCGCUUUAGAAGGGCAUGGGGGAGUUGAGUGCCCCGUGAGUUUUGGCGCUGAGGAAUCUGAGGCGUUCUAUGAGCUUGAGAAGAAUUGGUUUAAUGCAAAUAUUUUGGUAGAGCACUAG